AUGUUGGCGCGCACGAGAAGACGCGUUCUUCUUGUCGCCCUCAUCUUGCCCCUUAUAGUGCUACUUUUUGCCUAUUUCAAACGUGACCGCGUCUCUUUGAAUUAUAUCGAAUCCCCUGAACCAACUGAGGAGGACUGCGUCAUUCCGCCAUUAGAACUAUGGCCCGCUGACCUAAAUCAGUCAACUGACCAAUCACAAAAUUGGCUGGAUUGUGCCACAAAUGGGCUUCGAUUCACGAUAGAAAAGCCGCGCGGGACCGUUGAUAUUGACAGCAUUUUGCCGAAACGUGCGUGGCUAGAACAUGGAAUGCUGAGAAUUUCCCCCGAAAAUGAUCAGUGUAAAUGCGAUGCUCUUCCAAUAUUUCGAUUGGAUGAGUACCGUUCUGUGUAUGGAGAUCCACUGGUUGAUGUCAAAUCUGGCCAAUUUCUACAACAUCCACAGGUCAUGCUGCUUUGUCAGCCGAGGUUUAACUUCUCCGCUUGGAAUGCGGACCUUCUGCUCACUCAACGGCGUUUCUAUUUAUGUGGAAGUAGUCCCGUAAUUAAUUCAACGCAUGGAGCAAAUUCUACAGCCGUAAAUAUUCUUCUUCUUGGUAUAGAUUCGUUAUCUCGACUAGCUUGGCUUCGAUAUAUGCCAAAAACGGUGAGAAAAUUGACUUCUCUUACUCAAUCGCGUGGCGCCAUGUUCCAGAAAUAUCACAUAGUCGGAGACGGAACUACUAGUAACCUGUUGGCUUUGUUGGUGGGCUUAUUUGAACAGGAAUUGCCAGAGAGUCGACGGUUUGCUUCACGACUUCUUAACCGUCUUGAGGGUUUGAUGGAAACCCAGAUAUCUGGAGAUAAGGAGUACAAAGGUACCAAUACGACACCUUUGGACGAGUUUCCAUGGAUAUGGAAGGAUUUCAAGGCGAAAGCAGGAUAUGCAACACACUUUAUUGAAGAUACACCAAACUGGGGAACCUUCCAAUACCGACUCCAGGGAUUUGGAAAUCUUGAACCACCGGUGGAUAGUUAUGGCAGACCCUGUAUGGUGGCUGCAGCUCAGGAUGAAGUGCGUUAUGGGAAGGAGCCUGGAUGUACAGCUUCCACGAGGGAGGAUGAAGAAGAGGGUUGGGACGAUACCGGAUCAUCCUAUUUUUUUAUUGGCCAUGGGCCUCAUACUUCUACAGGUGGGGGUUUUUUCGCUAGGCCCUUAGGCGGUCACAUGGCCAGAAAUUGUUUUAUCCUCUUUCUGUUUCUCAGGCCAACACACAUGGUGUUACUAGAGUCCCUCCGUGAAUUUUUCUACGUCAAUUCGCAUCGACCGCGUUUCUCGCUCACCUUUCUAUCUGAGAUGAUCCAUGAGGAGGCGCCGAAAGCGCAACUGGUGGAUGCUGAUGUGGCAAAGCUGUUGGAGCAAAUCGAUAUGGAGGAUGAACGGGGCUGGGGACCGUUUUACAACACCCUUGUGGUCCUUUUCUCCGAUCAUGGACCUAGAAUGGGAAAAGCUAGAUUGUCUUUACAGGGGAAACUAGAAGAACGUCUACCUAUGCUAGCCAUUAUUCUUCCUCGUAAAUUCGCUCGUGAUUGGCCUGAAGCCAUCUCAACUCUCCAAUCCAAUGCCAAUCGUCUCUGCUCUCCAUUCGACGUUCAUGCGACCCUCAGACACAUUCUUACCAAUUCAACCAAUCAGAGCGUCCGGGGUCACAGCCUCUUCGCUCCUUUACCAUGGCAAUGCACAUGCAGUUGCGCAGGUGUCGCUCGUCAUUGGUGCACCUGCGCACAUUGGGUUACCUUAAAGCCCAAUGAAGGCGGUGAAUGGGCCGAGGAGGUAGCGAGAGCUGCUGAGACGACCUUAGAAACAAUUAAUGCUGCUACACGAGUUCUCUUUGCUCAAGAAGGCUUGAGGCUGGUGAAUGUGUGCGAACGACUUGAAGUGGACAAGAUAAUUGCUGCCGAGGUCUCUCGUGUUCCCCAUGAAGUAGCUAGUUUUCGAGGCACAGCUGAUCGUGAUGGACAAAUUCCACUUUUUGACAUGCCAGAUGCACAUUCCACCACUUCCACACUGCGUCUUCAUCUUCGUGUAAAACCUAAGCAAGCACACUUUGAGGUUCUUCUCUACCGAGAUGCCAGUAGUGGUACCUUUCGACCUCCUAGUCUGGCGAAUGUCCGACGUCUGGAUAAUUUUGAAAAGCAUGCCAAGUGUCUAGAACCCCAGAAAUGGAGCCAAGCUCGAAAAUUGUGCAUUUGUCGCUGA